CAACAAAGACUCCAGGAGCGCUGAACUGCACACAAAGCACGAAUUGUCUCUGCGCGUUUAAUUUUUUUAUCUCUUGCGCUGGGAGGACAAUGCCUUUGGGGACCGGACUUUUGCUCCUGAUGGUGCUGAAUGCAUCUGCUUAUGAACUGGAGCAAAACGACUCCUAUUCAGCCAGGAGAGUACGCUUCUCUGUCAACAGCCCUACAGAUGUGGCACGCUGCCUCAACAGUGCCCUCCAAGUUGGCUGCGGAGCGUUUGCUUGCCUGGAAAACUCAACAUGUGACACAGAUGGCUUGCAUGACAUUUGCAAGUCCUUCCUGUACAGUGCUGCUAAAUUUGACACUCAGGGUAAAGCAUUUGUAAAGGAGAGCCUUAAGUGUAUUGCCAAUGGCAUAAUCUCUAAGGCAUUCCCCUCCAUCCGCCGCUGUUCCACCUUCCAAAGAAUGAUAACUGAAGUCCAGGAGGAGUGCUAUAGCAAGCUGGGCAUCUGCACUGUCGCCCAAGCUAAUCCAGAUGCUAUUGGUGAAGUUGCACAGCUACCAAGUCAUUUCCCCAAUAGGUUUUAUGGUAAGUUACUACAGAGCCUGAUGGACUGUGAUGAGGACACUGUUGACCGUAUUAGAACCAGCAUGGUGCCACGUCUGGGUCCGGAGAUGACCAUGCUCAUACAGUUGCUGCAGGACAAGCCCUGCCCCUCCACUGAUAGUGCAGCAGCCUCUGCUGUACCAACCGGCGUAGAGACCCGUGCAAGCUGGCGCUGGUCCGUGGGUUCCAACAUGUACAAAAUCCAGCCCAAUGUGCGAAACAGAGACUCAACCAGCCAUUUAGGCAAAAAGCGCCCUGGCAGUGAUGGGUCCUAACUUUCACUCAAAUAAGGAAAACUCCACACAGUUCUCAAAACAACACAUAUAUUUUGGCCAUUCCCCAGCGGUGAUGAAAUCUGUGUCUCUUGUAGUUUGGAAAUUAUUGAAACAUGCACCUCUUGGGAAUGCCAGACUGCCCAUAGAGUCGAUAUCAGUUUGAUUGUUGUUAUAUUGUAUAUCCUACAUGUUAGGCUUGAGUGAACCCGUCUUUCAUUGAUUUCUAAAUGUGUCUGCUCACACUCUGUGUUGAACAUGUGGCUGACAAAAAACAAAAUGUCACUUUUCAAAAUUUCCUCAUGAAUAUAAGUCAGUAGCUUAAAUAUUAUUGGUUGAAAUUAUUGGUAGGUGUUUGUUAUAUUUCUUCAACGAGACCAGUAAAAUGUGAGCAUGAGGUAUGGGUGUCAUAGCACUUAACAUAAUACUUAAAUGUACUGUAUACCAACUUAUAUGAGACAGCCAUAAUCUGCCCUCUAAAAGAGUGCUCAUAUGGACUAGGUCUGUGGUGGUUUUAUGUUACCUUAAAGUGACCAAAAACACCUAAAACUGCCCUGAAUGCAAUCCAUUAAAAUGCCAAAAUGCUUAUCUUUAGCACAUAGAGUUUAGGUUUUAUUUUCCUGAUGGCAGAAAAAGGAUUGUCCAGGUCUUGGCCAAGUCUAUCUAAUAUCUUAUAUCCAGACACUUGCAAUGUAUAAGACUGUUGAGCUACAUGCAGAACCAGUUUAGUUCUUAACUGAGUGAGAAGCAUCCAUGUAUGUGUAGUAACUGAAUGACAUGUUCACUAAUGAGAGUGAGAGCAGCCAUCCUCUCGGACUGUGAUGAUCUUUGCUCUCGGAGGUGAACCAUGUGACACUGAGUUCCUGUAUCAAGACAGAGACUAUUUAAAAAAAGCCUUGAUGAUAUUUAUUUUCCUACUUCUUUAUUUAAUGUUUCCUUUUAUUUUAUGCAUUACUGUAGUUUAGCAUAGUUUACAGGUUAAUAGCAGUUAAUUCAUGACUCCUAUUUGAACAUGAGCUCUAUGCCAAAAAAAGGUGAGAUAACACUCUGGUGACUGAAUGGGACCUGUGUCAUGACUCUGUGCUGGCCAUAGGGGAACAAGGUUGGUCAUUCAGGUGAGAUGAUUUCAUUUGAGGGUGUUUAAAGAGAAUGCUUUUGUUUUCAAACAAAAGCUGCUGUUGCUAGAAGUCCACUUUCAGAGAUUUUUGUGCACUUUAGUGAACAUUGACUCAGUAACACAAACACCAGUGUAAAGAACCCUUUAAAAAUGUGCCACUAAUGCGAUCUAUUCGACGUGUCAUACACCUGAACUGCUUUUACAAAUUGAUUUGUGUGGUAAGUGCUAUGCUGCUAGUUCUGGUUAUAGUGUGUGGAUUCUGAAGGACGUAGUAACUUGGCAACUUUGAACAAUAGACUGCAAAGAUUAUCAUAAUAUUAUCAUAAAUGCCAUUUUCUACAUUUGCCUGGACAUAAGUAACAAGAAGAAAUGGUGUAAAAAUGUGUCACAUAAGCCUGUCGCUCCGAAUAUUCGGAUUGGAUUUGACAGGAUUUAAAUAAAAUUGUAAUCCAGCCGAAGGAAUGGUUUAUAUCGAUUAACUACUCUGAUUGGCAUGCAUGUAAAUGCUUGACAGAAUUAACUAAUUCUAAAUGAGGAAUGUUGACCUGAGUGCAUGUGUGUGCAUUCCAGCAAACAGAUGCAGUUUGUUAUUUAACAGAUUAAAGAGUGAAAGAGCAUAUAUUUGCUAUACCUAUUAAUUCUUCGAACAGGUAUAGCACUUGUUGAAGUGCUCCUUCAACAAGUGCUAUACACAACAAGUGGGAGCACUUCAACAAGUCCUCCCACUUGUUGCAGUGCUUCAGCAUGUCCUCAGAAAACUGUCUUAAAAAUAACAGCUUAUGAAUGCUAGAAAUAACUACCCUUAAGUCUUCUUUUCUCAGCAACGUCAUUUACACUAGGGCGUUAAUGUUAAAAGAAACAGGUAGUACUUAUUUUGUAUACACUGAUCAAAAAAAGAUCCAAUUCAUUAAAGCCCUUUUUCAUUGAAAAUAGCUUGUUAACCCAUUUUCAAUGUAUUUCAAACAUUGGUCGACAGGCUUACAAUUGGCAUUUGGCUCCCUUCCCACUGGCAACAAUUGCUGGGUCUAACCCCCUGUUGGCAAGCUGCGUGGCCUCUAUCCCCCUGCAGCUGUAUGUCUGGUGACACCAUCACGCUGGGUUAGCGCUAAUGACAUCACCAGUGUUAAAGAAAUCAGGAAAGUAAACAAUGGAGAGCAAUAUGUAGAGGAGCAAAGGCGUAGUCCGUGUUCUUUAUUGGUUUGCUCUUUUAUCUGUCCGAAUCCCAUUUCACCAGAGCUAAGUCAUGUUUAUCGAAUGUAAACACAGUUGUUUUGGCUUGUUAGAUCAGAUGUGAAUGGUCUAGUGUAGUGACUUGCCGAUCAGAGCCGAGGCAAUUUUAACGUGGGCCACUUGCCGAUUCGUUUGACUGUUCCAACUACUUCAAAAAGCCAAUUUUUCCCGGGUUUAAACAGUUCUUUCAGCCAAUAGGAAAGGGGUAUAAAUUCUGAACUAGCUGAUCAAUAGCCUGCACUAUUGAAGCUGAAAAUCAACCAGUGAGAGACAUCUGAUAGCUUCUCAGUGAAUCUCUAAAACUGCUGAAACCAUUUUUUCUAAUUAAUUUUCUUUAAACAUAUGACAAUUACUUGGUAAAUUAUUCUGAUUAUUCCAAAAUGAUCCAUUGUGCAUUUACACAAUUAAAUAAAGGCCUCUACUAGAUAUUAACUGAGCAACUGUAUUUCUAAAUCAGGUCUUUAACGUGAUACUAUGUAUGCACCUAUGCUUUAGGUGCUGAGAAGGGUCUUCAUGCUGGUGUUUGACUUCAGAUGUACCCUUAUGAUGAAUUAUGGUUUGGCACUGUGGACUUCAAGAGAUAAUAGAUGGCGUCUGUUGGCUUAGAGUGAAAUGAAUUUAGUUCAGCUCCACCGGUUUAUUAAAAUAUGUGCACAUCAAGAAAGCAUUAUAGAAGGGAACGUCUACCUUUGGUUAAGUUUCAUUUAAAAUUUAAUUUAUUUAAAAAAAACUUAAAUAUCAAAAAUAGUUCUGAUUACAAUGGUUCUAUUGUUGAUAGAGGUUUUUUUUGUUUUGACUUAAUUAAAGAACCGAUGGCAGUCUUUUCAAUGCAAGUUAUUUUGUCUUGACUAAAGCACAGAUAUUAUAAAGAAAAAGUUUUAUUUUUCAGUCUCACUUUAAGAGCUAAACUAAGAAUUCCAAACUAUGCAAUAAUAACUGAGAAAGGAUUCACUUUAACACAGAAAUUGACCUUUAUUUCAUCCAUCUCCAGCUGAUGCUGCUUGAGUAAAGCUGCACCAUGUGUGCUCUCAUGCUGCACUCACAGUGUGAAUGCAUUGCACCUCUGUGAUGUUUUCUCUUUCCGUGCUUUGUCUAAAACCAGUUCUUUUGUUCUGUGAACAGGAAUGCUUCUUUCAUGUCAUGAUGUGCAAAAGGGGGGAUAUAUUCCUAAAGAAAUACUCGGUAGUUAAGAACUAUAGUGACACUGUAGUAUAUACUAGCUUGUAUUUUAUUUUGAAUAUGCACUUUGCAUCUUAACCACUAUAAAGGGCAUUGAAAACAUUCAGCAUGUUUGCAACUGAGGCAUAUUUUACUUACCCAGUGAAUGGAGACGAGUUUGAAUGCUGCGUAUCCUGAGGGGUUCAAGGCUUUUUCGUGUUCUGUUGAUCCAUUCGUGUGUAUCUUUGUUGACCAUGGGUAAAUCUAAAACCCAACAGCUGCUGCUAAAACUACCCUGUAUGAUGCUGGAAUCUGUCAGCACACAAUGAGCUCAGCAUCAGUCAUCUAAACGUCUUACUGUUGUUCAAUGUCUUCAUAUUUAUUUUUCUAUCAUGUCAGAUUAAUUUGGCAAGGGCAAACUGACUGUUUCCUCACCAAGUAAAAUGUAACCAUAAUUUUAGAGAAUGUACCUGCAUACUGAAUGUCUCCAGUCAAGGACAGGCCAAGUUGGCCAAGAAAGCUUUUGAGAAAACUCAAAGUCCUAGAAGUUUUUUCUUUUCUUUUUUUUUUCAUUUGAAUCCUUUUUUUACAUUUUUUUUUUAUCCAGGUAUUGGGUGCUUAAGUUGAAACUGGAGCAUAGCUAGAUUGGCCUGUGGUGAGCUUUGUCAAACUGUUCCUGUUACUACUCUAAACUGAAGCCGUCUCUCACUUCUGGAGCUUCAUGGUACUCUUUGCCCUCAAAACUUGAAACAGAUUAUUGUGCUUUAAUUUGAAAAUCUUCAGUGAUAAGUAAAAAUCUAAUUUAGUUUUAAUACAACAGUGAAGGUUAUUUUAGAUAUUCAGACAUAUCUGAUUCAAAACUGUGUUUCUAUUAUAGAAGAUCACUGAAGUCUCUCAUUAUAGAUUCUAUGUAACGCAUGAUAAACCCUUGUGAUUCACUUGCACUUUAAAAUACACCCAUACAUAUAUAUGCCCACACUGUGUAUAUGUUUGGGUUUUUCCUCUGUACUGAAAAGUCAUAAAAGAUACAAAUGCAUCAACUGUGUGUCUUUUGCUGAUCAUAAAAAAAUAAACUAUUUCUCAAAUC